AUGAAGUCUUUCGUCGCUAUCCUCGCCUUUGCCUCAUGUGCUCUCACCGCACCAAUCGCCCAGGGUUCAUAUGAUGGUUAUGGAGACUAUAGUGGAGUCAAGGUACCCGUUGUUGCAUCCUACGGAACAUAUGAGAAUGCGCCUCCGGUUGAGACCCCGAAUCCACCUGCUGCGUACGCGUCGUACGGCACGUAUCCGCCUCCGGCCGGCGGCUACGAUACAUACACGGGUUACAAGAAGGAAUAG